UGUGGGAUAUAAAUAUAUGAGAACAUAUAAAUCUUUAAUAUUGUAGAAUGAUAAUAGAUAAAAUGGCGGCUAAGGGUAGUGACAUUGCAUCGGAUGAAGUAAUAGACACCAAAUGUUGUGUGUGUGCUGAGAAAAAUAUAAGGCGAGAAGCUGACAAAUAUUGUGUAGAAUGUCAGGACUAUUACUGUAUACCAUGUACAGACACGCAUAAAACUUUUCCGCUAAUGAAAGGACACAAAUUGUUAGAAAAGCAGAUAUCAGCACAUAUGGUUUGCAGUUACCAUGUUUCCCAACAGAAAGAUGCCGGAUUCAUAAAUCCAAACUUUUGGACAUGUUCUGUAAGAACCAUGAUGAGGUUGUCUGUGCCACUUGUGUCGCUAUAAAUCACAGAACAUGCCAAGAUAUACACCCCAUUCCGGACGAAGUUGACAAUCUAUACAAACAAUCAGCUUCUGAUCAAACCAAGAAACAACUCCUUGCAGCAAAGAAGGAUGUUGAGGAUACAAAGAAAGCCAAACAGCAAAUCCUCAGUGAGCUAAAGAAACAAAAGCAGAAAGCAACUGAUUCUAUCACAAACUACAGAAAAGAACUGGAGGCUGAGCUCAAGAAACUUGAAACUGAAUCAAUCAAGGAAGUCGAUGCACAGCUUAAUAGUAUGGAAAGAAACCUAAAGCGUGAGAUAAUAGAAUCAGAGCAACAUAUAAAUGACUUAGAAAAAUCUGCUGCCGCGCUGCAAAAGUCUAAUGGAAAUAAAGCCCAAGAAUUUGUAUGUAUUAAAACUGCUCAGAAAAUAAUUGUUACAGAUAAAAGUUCCACAAGCUCCACUAAAAUACAAACAGAAUUAAAAAUAGGUUUUUCUGACACGAUAAAAAUAAGAAAUUAUCUAAAACAAUUAAAGACAUUAGGACAGGUGUCUACAGCAAAAGCAACUUACAAGUCAAGAAGAACAGCAUACAAAGUUAAAGAGCACAGGAAUAUUAAUAUUAGGCUUAAAGAAGACAAAUAUACAUGUAGAAUAUAUGGAUUCUGUUUUACUGAGGCUGGCUCCUUUCUGCUUGCUGAUUUUGAUAAUAACAAGUUGAAACAUCUGGAUGUUUCCACAGAUACCAUCACAGACCAUCUAGUUCUGGAGGAAGGACCUAUUGCUGUAUGUCUAACCAGUAAACAAGAAGCUGCAGUAAGUCUGAACAACAGUACCAUACAGUUUGUAUCACUAGGAGACAAGAUGGCAACAACAAAGAAGCUGAAAAUGGAUCAUUUCUGUUUUGGUUUGGCCUUCAAUGAUGGGAAAAUGUUUAUAUCUGAUCAACAGAAAACAGUUUAUAUUCAUGAUUUAAGUGGCACCAUGUUACAUAAAAUUACACAUGAAACAUCAGGCAAACAAAUUUUUAGUACGACUAGACAUAUUAGUGAGUACAAACAGAGACUGUGUGUAUGUAGUUGAUUUUGAUACAGGUGUAAUAACUCUAGACACACAGGGAAAUUAUCUUUCAACAUUUCUGAUCCUGCUUUAGUUCAGGCUCGGGGAGUAUGUACAAAUAAGAGAGGAAACAUACUGGUCUGUGGAUGGGGAUCAUCAAAUAUUGUCCAGAUAAUUGAGGAUUUAAAUAAAAGGUUAGGCAUCAUGAAAACAGAACCAUACCCAUCAUCAGUCUGCUUUGAUCCUCACCAGAACAAACUGGCUGUAACUCAUUAUAACAGCAAUACUGUAACAGUCUAUGAGCUGGAGUAAGAUACAUUUACUGCUGCUGACAUCAUAACUAGAAUCACAGAAUAAAUGGACACUUACUAACUUAUGUUGGAUUUUAAAGGUAUUUAGAUCGAAAUUUCAAAUUUAAAACAAGAACAAGUACUUUGAUA